GUGAGUUACAAAGUACAACUGUACAAGGGAAGAGGUAGUUUAGCCUCACGUGCCUGGAACAUCACAGACAGUAAGUACUAGGUAUUAUGUAUGUACCUAACACUCCAGUACACCUGCUGUAGGGAACAUUGAAUUAUACUUAUACUUAUACUUAUUCCUUAUGCAUAUACAAGGCACUACUACUACCAUGACUAUCCAGGUAUGAAAAUACCAUACACAGAGACAGCGCAAAUAAAUCAUGGCAUCAUCAUCUAAAAGAGACGGCUUCCUACCCUACCCAGAAGAACGCGGCACCGCAACCGGGCGUGAGACCGACUUCGAGACUGAGCUCGACGCUAUAGACGGCGGUAGAAGGAAGCGCAGGAAGCGAGAAGCCAAUGUGUAUGAUGCAGUAGCAGGCCGCGUAACCACCACCCUCCCCCUAGCCGGCGGCGGGGACUCUGGCACCGAGCGCCCACCCCUCUCCUACGCGGCGCGCAGUCUGAAGCGCGACCCGACGCUCGCGCCUGAGGACGUCCUCUUCCGGCGCAUCGGCGCGCCCGUGCGGUACGCCGAGAAGGACAUCUACCACACGGCGGUGGCAGCCUUACGCGACGGCAGGGGCAGGGACGAGGUGCGGUUGCCUGACAGCGACAUGCUCACGGCGAUACACAGCUAUGCUAGUCACUUCUACGGGGCUCUUGCUGUUGCCUCUGCGCGGAAGAGGAGAGGAAGGAGAGGGGGGAGAGGAGGUGGAGGUGGAGGUGAAGAGGCCCGCAACGUCGACGAGCAGAGCAUGGACGAGACUGCGCUCCUGGCGCUAGGCAUCCUACUCGAGGAGGCGGGGCGCGAGGUGCUGGGCAAGAAGGGCGAUCUGGUUUUCACCGAGGGGGUGGAAAUCAUGGUACCACCACCAACAGCGGCAGGAGCAGGAGAAGGAGUGCCAGUAGCAGGGGACGGGAGUGAGAUUGUGGAUUUCAAGGCUUCGAUGAGCGAGAGGUGGCAGUCGAGGCCACGGCGGAAACGUAACCCCGAGGCGAAGAAGUGAGGUGUCUGUCAGAUGAUAGGUACUUAGCAGUGAUGAUAAUGAUAAUGAUAAUGAUUGCGAAGCCAUCCAGGGUUCAUGGAGUUUCGAAUCAACCAGCUAAUGGA